UCAAAUGGCAAAACAUAUCUUACUCACAUCCAGAGCACUCAAGGCCACGCUCCACCUCUUGCUCCUAGCCAUUGCCCUUAGAUGUGUCCAUGCAGCUCGAAUCCUCACCGAAGAGCAUGCAGACCCUCCAGUCAUGGUGCCUGCACCUGAAGCACCUGACAUGGCUCCAGUGGCGGGCCCUGCUGCCACCAUACCAACCGCUGCAAGCCCCUUGACAACCACUACUAGCGCGACCGUGGCUGAUGAACAUCCACCCUUGUCAUUCUUCAUGCAUGACAUACUAGGCGGGUCCAAUCCUACCGCAAGGGUUGAGGCCGGGAUCAUUGCCAAUACGCAAAUCAAUGGCUUGCCUUUCACUAAAACAAAUGGUGGGGUCUUCCCUAUGAAUGGUGGUGUUCCUCUUGUCACAGCCAAUGGCGUCAUCAACAAGAAUGGCAUUACGAACAACAACAAUCUCCCAUUCCUGGCUGGACUCAAUGGCGCAUCCACCAGCACUGUGGUACAAAACAAUGGUAACAACAAUGUAGUCACCAAUGGAGACACACUUCCAUUUGUGACACCUGGCCAGCUCCCAGCAGGAGCCACUCUUCAGAAGCUGAUGUUUGGGACUAUUACAGUGAUCGAUGAUGAACUCACAGAAGGACACGAGAUCGGUUCCUCAGUUGUUGGGAGGGCACAGGGGUUCUAUUUAGCUAGCUCAUUAGAUGGGAACAGCCAAACAAUGGCAUUCACAGCAUUGUUUCAUGAGGGUGAUCAUCAUGAAGAGGACACACUCAGUUUCUUUGGGGUACAUCGCACGGCUGCACCAGAGUCUCAGAUUGCCAUUGUUGGGGGGACUGGAAAAUACGAGAAUGCAAACGGAUAUGCCUCAAUUCAGACACUUCAUCCAACCGACCAGCACACAACUGAUGGCGUUGAGACACUUCUUCAUGUCAGUGUCUUCAUCUCUGACCAGUGAUCACUAGCUAGCUCUACCAGUGCCAUCGUAGCAUGGAACCAAGCUUUGUGUGUGCAGUUUCUUUGAAUGUGAAAGUUUCUAUGACUGAAUGAAAAAAAAGAAGUCUUUUAAGCGUCUUUAA